CACUAAGCGUGCUUUUUGAGCUUUGAGUGCGUUUUCCCGUUUUAGACGGAUCGGGAUUAUUUUAAACUUGUUUAAAUGAUUAGCAUGUUUCUGUCGACGCGUGCCUCCUGUUAAUAACUUGAUGGUAAUUAACGUUUAAGGUUGAUAUGUUUGAGCGACAAUGAGUUUAUUGAAAGUUUGAAGUGAAUUUGUGAGGAUGUCGUCUCUUUUUAAGAAAAAAAUCGAGAGGAAGAAGUCGUUGUCGAGGAAGGAGAUCAGUCUCGCUAGACUCGAAAAUUUUAGGAAGGAAGUGAUCACUGAUACGCAUUCGGUGCCUUUGGGGGAAUUAUGCCGCCGCCUCUACACAGACCGCGAAACCGGACUUCGUCCAGAGCAAGCUGCCGAAAUUUUGGCCAAGACUGGACCCAACACCCUCACUCCGUCGACCAAAACCCCAGAAAUCGUAAAAUUCAUCAAAACGUUAACGCACGGAUUUUCGAUACUGCUGUGGAUUGGAGCUUUGCUGUGUUUCGCAGCGGUGGUUAUCCGAAUGAUCACGACGCAUGAAAUGGAUUCGGAUAAUUUGAUUCUGGGAUGCGUUUUGGUCGUGGUUGUGGUGGUAACUGGGGGGUUCACGUAUUUUCAGGAACAUAAAAGCCACAAGAUAAUGGAGUCAUUCGCCAACAUGGUCCCCCCCAAAGCGACUGUAAUUCGUGGAGGAGAAACCAUGACCAUCAUGUCCAAAGACCUGGUGGAAGGUGAUUUAGUUGAAAUGAAAUUCGGCGAUCGGAUCCCAGCAGAUAUCCGAGUAAUACACAGCCAAGGCUUCAAAGUCGACAAUUCUGCUCUGACAGGAGAAUCGGAACCCCAGUUCCGGGGUAACGAAUGUACCAGCGACAACAUUCUAGAGAGCAAAAACUUCACCUUCUUCUCGACUAACGCUGUGGAAGGUACUGCACGUGGUAUAGUCGUGGCUUGUGGUGACCAGACUAUUAUGGGUCGAAUCGCUGGAUUAACUGCGCGAUUACAACCCAACAAAACACCCAUUGCGAGAGAGUUGGAGCAUUUCAUGAAAAUUAUAAGCGUGUGGGCUUGCUUUUUAGGCGUGAUUUUUGGAGGAGCGGCUCUAGCUAUGAACUAUUCGUGGAUAGAGGCGUCUUUGUUCUUGAUAGGAAUUAUUGUGGCCAACGUACCAGAAGGUCUUCUGGCAACUGUCACCGUGUGUCUAUCCGUCACUGCGAAGAAAAUGGCUGCCAAAAACUGUUUGGUUAAGAAUUUAGAAGCCGUGGAAACUUUAGGAUCGACUUCGGUGAUUUGUUCCGACAAAACUGGUACUCUUACUCAAAAUAAAAUGACCGUUUGUCACUUGUGGUGUGACAGUAAAAUCGCCCAUGCUGAUUCUACGACGAGUCAGGAUGAAGCCAAAGAGUACAACGGAAGUGAAGGUUCAAAUUUAAUUUUUCCUUUGUAUGGUGGCUCUAUAAAGGUGUACUUGUCAGGUUUUAAGGUACUAAUGCGCUGCGCUACUCUUUGCAACCGCGCUGAGUUCAUCCACGGCGAAGAAGACAAACCAGUACUUCUUCGCCAAGUUCGAGGCGACGCUUCCGAAGAAGCCAUCUUGAAAUUCGUCGAACUGACCAAAGUGGAAAGUUCGCCGUCCAUUUUCCGACAUAACAACCCAAAACUUCUCGAAAUUCCCUUCAGUUCUACCACUAAGUACCAAAUCUCUAUUCAUGGUCUCGAAAAUGGUAGAUGUUUAAUGGUCAUGAAGGGAGCUCCGGAACGCAUCUUGGCCCGUUGUACCAAAAUCUUUUUAAAUAACAAGACCAAAGAACUUAGUGACGAGUUGAGACACAUAUGUGAUAAAGCAUGUACCGAAUUAGCUGAAAAGGGGGAGAGGGUUUUAGGCUUUUGUGAUUUGUUACUAGAUGAGAAGUACCACAAGGACUAUAAAUUUUGUGCAGAACCUCCGAAUUUUCCGCGACGAGAGUUGAGGUUCGUAGGGUUCAUGAGUUUGAUUGAUCCACCAAGACCACAAGUGCCAGAUGCGGUACAAAGGUGUAAAAGUGCAGGGAUACGGGUAGUGAUGGUGACUGGGGACCAUCCAAUAACUGCCAAAGCAAUAGCACGACAAGUUGGUAUCAUUCAAGCCGAGGAAGUUAUAGAUGCUUGCAAUAUGAAUAUAAUUGAAACUCUGCCGGUUUUCAAAGACAAAGCUAUAGUUAUACAUGGAUCAACUCUUCGUGAUAUGACCAACGAGGAACUGGACGACAUUUUACACAAUUACAGAGAAAUUGUCUUUGCCAGAACGUCGCCAACUCAGAAGCUUCAGAUUGUUGAAGGUUGUCAAAGAUUGGGGGAAAUAGUCGCUGUCACUGGUGAUGGUGUUAACGACGCUCCAGCUCUUAAAAGAGCCGACAUUGGAAUAGCGAUGGGUAUUUCUGGGUCCGAAGUAUCGCAACAAUCCGCCGACAUGAUCCUCCUGGACGACAACUUCGCUUCUAUCGUAACUGGGGUAGAAGAAGGUCGAAAAAUUUUCGACAACUUGAAAAAAUCAAUAGCCUACACGCUAGCGUCCAAUGUACCAGAAAUAUUACCAUUUUUGGCCUUUGUGCUUAUCAACAUUCCACUACCUUUAGGUGUGAUGGCCAUCUUGUGUAUCGAUCUCCUAACCGACAUGCUGCCAGCCAUCAGUUUGGCUUACGAAAAAGCUGAAAGUGACAUUAUGCAAAGACCUCCACGAAAUCCCAAAACUGACAAUCUAGUCACUAGAAAACUCUACUUUUUAGCAUAUGGUCAUAUUGGAAUUAUAGAAGCGAUGGGUGGUUUUUUCGUCUAUUUUGCAAUAAUGGCGGAACAUGGUUUUAAGCCACAUCAAUUAUUUGGUUUGCGUCAGAAAUGGGAUUCUGAAACUAUAAACGAUUUAGUGGAUUCGUAUGGUCAGGAAUGGUCAUAUAUAAGUCGGAAGGAAUUGGAGUAUACUUGCUACACUGCUUUUAUGAUCAGUGUGGUUGUUACACAAUGGGCGGAUCUGAUAGUAUGCAAAACUAGGAUUAAUUCAAUAUGUCAACAAGGAAUGGGAAAUAUGAUUCUAAACAUAAGUUUGGUAGUAGAAACGGUCGUUGCUUGCAUGUUGUCAUAUAUUCCAAACAUGAACUACCUGAAGUUUUAUCCUGUUAUGUUCAGAUGGUGGUGCUAUUCGUUACCAUUCGCUCUCUUCAUCAUCAUUUUCGACGAACUAAGAAAACUGCACAUGAGGAAAUACCCCACCGGCUGGUAUCGACAAGAAACAUAUUACUAACCACGCAAUUUAACAAAUUAGUAAAAAUAAAACAAAAUCUUUCAAA